AUGGAUCGUCCCAACGACGAGAACUCCCCGCCAAAGAAAUUAGCCCAUACCACCAAAAGUGAGGGUCCUUCAGACCCAACCAGCAACCCAUUGAAAUUGAAAUCGCGGCGUGAAUUAACUAUCAACACAUCGCCAGAAUCCGAGUCGACUUCCGGGGCUUAUCGUACGCCGGGAGAUAACUUGGCCAUUAACCUCCCACAAAUUGGGGAUUCAAUAUCAAUUGAUACGCUACAUGCUGCGCCCUUGUCGCAGCACCGGAAGAUUCAGAAUCAUGAAUCGACGGACGAGAUAGCAGAUCGGGGUUCCGACGCCUCUCGGGAGAGUGACGCCGAGGAUCAGGCGAUUGUUGAAGAUGAUCCAAAGAAUCCCAUUUCUCAAACCCACCGGUUCAGAGCUUUGAAUUUGCCUCUUAAAUGGAGCAAUGCGGGAAUUCAACGGAAGACCAGUUUUUGGUACCAGAAGUAUAUCAUUCAAGGGAUCCUUCGACGGAAGGAAACGCAACCCACCAAGGACGGACGCCGCAUCGAGCUUGACGUUUCGAGGCACGGCCCAUUAAUUGAUGAAAGAACGGGACAGCCAUAUAUCGACAAUAGUAUCCGUUCGAGCCGUUAUACUAUUUGGAACUUCCUUCCCUCCCAAAUCUGGUUUCAAUUCUCCAAGGCUGCCAACUUCUUCUUUCUUGUUAUUGGCAUUCUUCAACUGGUGCCUGGGCUUAGUACGACCGGAUCAUUUACCACUAUUCUCCCUCUGCUAUUCUUUCUAUUUUUCAUCAUAAUUAGAGAAGGAUAUGAUGACGUUCGCCGCUAUCAACUCGACAAAGUGGACAAUGGGCAAGCAGCACGUGUUUUAAACGGAUCUUCGUCUAGGAUUUCAAUUCUACCUAUCCGAAUACUCAACCCCGGUAUAGAUUACUGGAAUCGAUUAAGACAAAAGGCACUCAUUCAGGUCGGAAAGGGUGCGUCCGAAACAACCUCUAUUGAGCUUAGCAGUGAGGAAUAUGUUGAUGAUGUCAACUCUGGGGACUCGCUUGGUCCUGGCCAAGCUUCAUGGUCCACUAUACAAUGGAAGGAUCUCAAAGUAGGGGAUGUUGUCGAUUUGAAGCGUAACGACCCGAUACCGGCCGACAUUGUCCUCCUUUACACGGACGGUCGAGAUAACAUUGCAUACAUCGAGACUAUGUCACUGGAUGGCGAGACUAAUCUCAAAAUCAGAAGGCCACCGAACCUCCUUUCCUGCGAAACUUUGGCGGCUAUUUCUCAAUGCCGUGCAACUUUCGUAGUAGAAGACCCCAAUGCUGAUCUUUACCAAUUCCACGGCAAAGUCACGGUCAAUGGACAGACGUCCCCAGUCACGCAGGAUAACAUUGUGUAUCGCGGGAGCACUUUGAGGAACACCAAUAGAGCUUUUGGAAUGGUCCUCAAUACGGGUGAAGAAUGCAAGAUCCGCAUGAAUGCUAACAAGAACCCGAAGCCAAAAGCACCCGCAGUCCAAGCUAUAACUAAUCAGGUGGUGAUUCUUCUCGUCGUAUUUGUGGUCUUGCUGGCGACGGGCUGUACUGCAGGGUACGAGAUAUGGACAAAAAUAUUUGAGAGGAAAGCGUGGUACUUGAAGCACGCACAUCUUGGUCCUGCAGAGAUUUUCAUCGCAUUCGCCAUCGAAUUCAAUAAUCUCAUCCCUCUAGCCCUUUAUGUCAGUCUGGAGCUGGUCAAACUUGCUCAAUUCUUACUCCUGCACGACGUCGAGAUGUAUGAUGAAGCUUCAGACACGCCAAUGGUAUCUAAUACACAAAACAUUUACGAGAACCUCGGGCAGGUCAGCUAUCUAUUUUCCGAUAAGACCGGGACUUUGACGGAGAAUGUUAUGCGGUUCCGGAAGAUCAGCGUCGCGGGGAUGGCUCUGGUGCAUGACUUUGAAUCGGAAGUGUCGAAGAAAGAGAAAGACUUGCAAUUGCCCAAAAGAUCUAGUUUCCAUGACCCCACAACGCCAACGAUUGUGGAGCACGAAGCAUUAGAUAACCCUCGGGUGUCUAGAGAUGGAUUUCCAUUCCCUGUUGGCAGAAAAUCUUUGACUGUCCCAAGAUUGGAGCGGUCUAUGUCGCGACGUAGCCUGAAUCGGGAUACGUCCUCCAAAGAGCUUUUGAGAAGCCUUUGGAAGCACCCUGAUGCUAAGCUCUCAGAGAAGGUACGAUUUUUCUUGCUAUCUCUCGCACUUUGCCAUACCUGCUUUCCAGAAGAUCGGAAGGAUGGAAAGACUGGAUUUCAGGCUGCUUCUCCUGAUGAACUCGCUUUGGUCGAGGCAGCUGUGGAACUGGGCUAUAUUGUUACUGACAGGACGACACGUUUGAUCACGUUAUCAAUCGACUUGUUUGAUUCAAAAUCUCCAGCGCAAGAAGUCUAUGAAGUUCUCGACAUAAUAGAGUUUAGCAGCAAAAGAAAACGUAUGUCCAUUAUCGUCAAAUUUCCCGAUGGAAGAAUAUGUUUAUUCUGCAAGGGCGCAGACUCUGUUAUUCAGCCAAGGCUUCGACUCUCUGCCCUAGCACUACAAAAGGCAUCCGAGGUCAGACAGCGACAGGACCAACGCAAAAGUUUUGAGGUUGAAGAAGCGAUCAUGCGGAAGAGUCACGAUGAACAGUCUCGGAAGAGUCUCCAGAGGUCAAGCUUUCAGCUGGAUAGACCUAGUAUGGAGAUGAGAAGAAUAAUAUCCGGGCGGAACAGCGUAACAAUUGAUCAAUACCCUCCAAGCCCACAAUCCUUAUUCCAGCGAAACGAUUACGAAGGGCAAAGCCCGAGGAAGUCCUCACAACUCGACAGGCGAUUUCUUUCCUUGCCUCUUUCGGAGCCCAGCACCCCACGCAUUGUGACCGAUCAGUCGAUGGAUGACGCAUCCAUUUUCGAACGUUGCCUCGAGCAAAUUGACGAAUUUGCAUCUGAGGGACUACGAACCCUUAUGUUCGGGUACCGAUUCAUCGCGCAGGAUGAAUACCAAGGCUGGUCAAAACUAUACCACGACGCUACAACCAGUCUUGUCAACCGACAGGAAAUGAUUGAAUCCGCUGCCGAGAUAAUCGAGAAGGAGCUUGAUCUCGCUGGUGCUACGGGCAUCGAAGAUAAACUCCAAGACGGCGUUCCCGAAACCAUCGAGAAGUUACAGCGAGCAAAUAUCAAAAUCUGGAUGCUUACCGGCGAUAAACGCGAGACUGCUAUUAACAUUGCACACUCUGCCAAACUCUGCAAAAGCUAUUCCCGUGUUCUCAUUCUCGACCACAAGCAGGGGUCCCUCAAAACGCAGAUCGAUUCGGCGCUUUUUACCAUCAUGGAAGGCAGGAUCGCUCAUUCUGUUGUUGUAAUUGACGGUCAAACGUUAAUGGGAGUUGAGAAUGACGAUGUGUUAAGUGCACAUUUCUACAACCUCCUGCUUCGUGCUGACUCGACAAUUUGCUGCCGCGCGUCCCCGGCACAGAAAGCCAGCAUGGUCAAAAACAUUCGGCAUAAGGUGCCUGGUUCCAUCACUCUGGCCAUUGGCGAUGGCGGGAACGACAUAGCGAUGAUCCAAGAAGCCGAUGUUGGCGUGGGAAUCAGCGGGAAAGAAGGUCUACAAGCCGCCAGAGUAGCCGACUACUCUAUCGCCCAGUUCAGGUUUCUCCAACGCCUGCUUCUUGUCCACGGUCAUUGGAAUUACAAUCGUAUUGCCCAAUACGCACUUGCUACGUUUUGGAAAGAAAUGCUAUUCUACUGCAUUCAGCUCCUAUACCAAAGAUGGAACGGAUACACCGGGACAUCGCUUUACGAAAAUUGGUCGCUCACCGUGUGGAAUACCCUUUUUACUUCAUUAUGUGUUAUGAUUCCCGGCAUCUUCGAACAGGAUCUCUCGGCUACAACUCUCCUUGCAGUCCCAGAGAUCUACAGCUACGGCCAGAACUGCAAGGGCUUCAACCUCAAAAAAUGCGGGUUAUGGAUGCUCAAAGCGGCCGUGGAAGCUGUUGUCGUUUAUUUCAUGAUCUAUUGCUUAUACGGCCGGAUCAUCUUCACCACAGACCAAGGACUGUUCGCUAUCGGCGACUUGGCGUUCACAGUCUGCGUCAUCUAUAUCAAUGUAAAACUAUUGGUUCUAGACACCUACUACAAAACCUGGAUCCCCAUCCUCAGUGUAACCAUCACCCUCUUAGGCUGGGGCAUCUGGAACGUCUUCCUUUCCCUCGCAUACGCCAACAACCCCGGCUCCUACGCCGUGUACAGCGCCUUUGUGCAUCAUUUCGGCUCGAACCUCGCUUGGUGGGCUACGCUGUUCGUAGUACUC